AUGAGAGUGGUUCUGACAAGCGGCAUCGCUGGAAUUGGAAAAACCUUCUUAGUGCAGAAGUUCACUCUGGACUGGGCCGAGGGCUUGGAGAACCAAGACAUCAGUGCUGUGGUUCCUCUGUCAUUCAGGGAGAUGAACUUGAUCAGAGAUGAGCAGCACAGUCUUCUCACUCUCAUCCAACGUUUCCAUCCAACCUUCCAGAAGAUCCCAGCAGAGCAGCUGUCUGUCUGGAAACUUCUCUUCAUCUUUGAUGGUCUGGAUGAAAGCAGACUUUCUCUGGACUUCAACAACAGUCAGGUGGUGUCUGAUGUCACUCAGAAGUCAUCAAUCAAUGUUCUUCUGACAAACCUCAUCCAGGGACGUCUGCUGCCCUCAGCUCUGGUCUGGAUCACUUCCAGACCUGCAGCAGCCAAUCAGAUCCCUCCUUCAUGUGUCUCCAGGGUAACAGAAGUACGAGGCUUCACUGACUCCCAGAAGGAGGAGUGCUUCAGGAAGAGAUUCAGUGAUGAAGAUCUGUCCAGCAGAAUCAUCUCCCACAUCAAGGCCUCCAAGAGUCUCUUCAUCAUGUGUGGAGUUCCAGUUUUCUGCUGGAUCACAGCUGUGGUUCUGGAGAACAUGCUGACCACAGAGAAAAGAAAAGAGCUUCCCACCACCAUGACUGACAUGUACUCCCACUUCCUGAUGGUCCAGACAAAGAGGAAGAAGAACAAAUACCAGCAGGAACAUGAGGAGAAUCCACAGGAGCUGACAGAGGCUGACAUGGAAGUUCUUCUGAAGAUGGGGAGGCUGGCAUUUGAACAUCUGGAGAAAGGAAACAUCAUGUUCUACCAAGAAGACCUGGAGCAGUGUGGUCUGGAUGUCACAGAGGCUUCUUUGUACUCUGGAGUUUGUACUGAGAUCUUCAGAAGAGAGUGUCAGAUCUUCCAGAAAACAGUCUACUGCUUUGUCCAUCUGAGUGUUCAGGAGUUUCUGGCUGCAGUUUACAUGAUCCACUGUUACAACAACAAGAAGACAGAGGUGGUGGAGAAUCUCCUGAAGAAUCAAACAAACAUCUCUACUCUAGACGAGUUUCUUAGCAGGAUCAUGAAGAAAUCCCUGCAGAGUCAAACUGGUCACCUGGAUCUGUUUGUUCGUUUUCUUCAUGGUCUCUCUGUGGAGUCCAACCAGAGACUCUUGGGAAGUCUGCUGGGUCAGACAGAGAACAGUCCAGAAAUUAUCCAGAGAAUCAUCAACAACCUGAAGGAAAUGAAGACCAAUGACAUGUCUCCUGACAGAAGCAUCAACAUCUUCCACUGUCUGAUGGAGAUGAAGGACCUCUCAGUUCAUCAGGAGAUCCAAGAGUUCCUGAAGUCAGAGAACAGAUCAGAGAAGGAACUUUCAGAGAUCCAUUGCUCAGCUUUGGCCUACAUGCUGCAGAUGUCAGAGGAGGUUCUGGAUGAGUUGUACCUGGAUGAGUAUAAAACAUCUAGAGAAGGUCGAUGGAGACUGAUUGCAGCUGUGAGGAACUGCAAGAAGUUUAGGAUGGGGUUUGUGUCAAAACCUUCUGGAGACGAGUCAAAUCAUGAGUCCAGUUGCUAUGAACUCUCAGAGACUGACUGUGAAGCCGUGGCCAUUGCCUUGAAAUCAAACCCGUCCCAUCUGACAGAACUGGACCUGAGUGGAACCAUCUUGCAGGAUUCAGCAGUGAAGACUCUCUGUGCUGGUCUGAAGAGUCAGAACUGCAAACUGGAGACUCUGAGGUUGAGGAGCUGCUGUUUGUCAGACAUCAGCUGUGAGGUUCUGGUCUCAGCGCUGAAGUCCAACCCGUCUCAUCUGACAGAACUGGUCCUGGAUGGAAACAACCUGCAGGAUUCAGGAGUUCUUCAUCUGUGUGGUUUCCUGGAGAGUCCAGAAUGCAGACUGAAGACUCUGAGUUUGAGGUACUGCAGAGUGUCAGAGGUCAGUUGUGGCCUUCUUGUCUUAGCGUUUGAGUCCAACCCGUCCCAUGUGACAGAACUGGACCUGACUGGGAACAACUUACAGGACUCAGGAGUUCUUCAUCUGUGUGGUUUUCUGAAGAGUCCAGAAUGCACACUGAACACUCUGAGGUUAAAGAAAUGCAGUUUGUCACAGAUCAGCUGUGAGGUUCUGGUCUCAGCUCUGAAAUCCAACCCGUCUCAUCUGACAGAACUGGACCUGAGUGAGAACUGUCUGCGUGAUUCAGGACUUCGUCUUCUGUGUGGUUUUCUGGAGAGUCCAGACUGCAGACUGCAGACUCUUAGUGUCGAAAGCAGCACUGAGAUCCAGUAG